AUGCAGUACGGGGAUUUGCUGAUGAUAGACUCGAUAGAGUUGACAGUUAGGAAUUGCUUCUACUAUUGGGUGAUUAACGCUGGGAAAAGUGUCUUCAAUGAAGAUCAAGCUGCCCGAGAAAUAGUGUGGGUGGAGAGGAGGAAUCUGAACAACAGAACAGCUGGCGAGGUGGUCAAAGGUGCUGAGAGUGUGGACAAGGAGAGGCACGGACUUGAAUUCCAUUACUGGGCGCUGUUUGAUGGGCAUGCAGGAGCAGCAGCUGCUGUAAUGGCCGCCAGGUUUCUUCACCUUCACAUCAGCGAGCAGCUGCAAGACAUUGUUGACAUCCUGCUGGAUGGUGAAGUGCCACCCCCCAUCUGCCUCACCAGCCACGCCAAAGGGGGAAUGGGCAACGGUGCACAUGAGGGGGACUGGGAACCCCCCACUGACAGCGAGUCCCGCUUCCUGCUGGAGAAGGAAAUAUCGCACGAGCAUCUGAUCAUUGGUGCGAUCGAGAAUGCCUUUCGACAGAUGGAUCAGCAGAUAGAGAGAGAACAGAAAGCACACAGCACGCUGGGGGGUUGCUGUGCUUUGGCCAUCGUGUAUUUGCUGGGAAAAAUCUACAUUGCCAAUGCAGGUGACAGCAGAGCCGUCCUAAUCCGCAAUGGUGAAAUUAUCCCACUCUCCAAUGAGUUCACCCCGGAAUCGGAACGACGGAGACUACAGUAUUUAGCAUAUUUACAGCCACAUCUCCUUGGAAACGAGUUCACACAUUUGGAAUUUCCCCGGAGAAUUCAGCACCGUGAGAUUGGACGCAGGAUGCUGUUUCGGGAUUACAGCAUGACAGGCUGGGCCCGCGUCAUGGCGACCAUAGGGGUGACUCGAGGGCUGGGUGACCACAAUCUGAAGGUGCAUUGCUCCAACAUCCACAUCAAACCGUUCCUGUCCUGCAUCCCAGAGGUGAAAGUGUACGAUGUUGCAAAGUAUGAGCAUGGGGUGGAUGAUGUGAUUGUGCUGGGGACAGACGGACUAUGGGAUGUGACCUCCAACCGGGAGGUAGCUGAUACGGUCAUUCGCGUCCUCUCCAGCUGCGACGCCGACGAUCCAAACAGGUUCACCCUCGCUGCCCGGGACCUGGUGAUGAGAUCCCGGGGGAUCCUGAAGAGUCAUGGCUGGCGACUCUCCAAUGACCGGCUGGGCUCGGGCGAUGACAUCUCGGUCUUUGUUAUUCCACUUUAUGGCCAUACGUGACCAGCUGGAGGACACAGUCACCCUGGAGCUCUCUAAAGACUCGUCACCGAGUGUAACCCUGUCCCUUCAGUUACCCAUUGCCCCCUUUUUUCAAUUGGCUUCCCCUGGCACCUCAAAAUAUAAUCCUUCCCAGCAGAAGCAUCACCGAAGAAUUAUUUGUGUUUCUAUAGCACCUUUCAGAACCUCGGGGUGCCAUAGGGCCAAUGAGAUAUUUUCUGAAAGGGAGUGAAUCCUGUCCUGUUAGAGGCAGGGCUGCCCCCCACCAUAAAGCAGUGCUCGAAAUAACAGCUUCAUUUUUUAUUGUGAUGUUGGUCGAAGGAUGAAUGUUUAACCAGGAGACGUGGACAAGCUCCCCUGAUGGUUUUUAAAAGUGUUCCCCCACCCCCCGCCCAUUCUGAGACAGCAGACAGGCCCCAUUUUAACAUUUCAUCUAAAAGGCAGCAUCUGCAACAACGCAGCACUCCCUCAGCACUACCCUGACAGUGUUCGAGUCGGGUGAGCGGGGCCCUCCAACUGUGAGCACUUGCUUUCCGCUUGACCACAGCUGACACCCUUUGGGGGCUGUCCACAGCCCCUUGCAGCAGAACCCAGUUUGCAGACUGUUUCACACCCGCCACGUCCAGCGAGUGCGAUGCUUCGGUGGGCGAUCAGCCUGAUCUGAGCAAAUGCUCAAAUGUCAAACUCGCUCUCUUCUUUUAGUAAUCUCUGGUUUCCAGCCUUUGAGAAAGAUAUAUAUUUGAAACAUGUAAAAACGGGAAACUAAAUGUUCUGUAAAUGUGAAAAUGCUGUAGAUUGGGCAGUAGGAUCAACGUUUAAAAAAUAUUUGGAUAAGUAUGUGAAUAGGGACGAUUUGGAGGGAUAUGGCUAAACGCAGGCAGGUGGAACUAGCUUAGCUUGGGAACGUGCAUGGCAUGGACUGGUUGGAACGAAGGGUCUGUUUCCGUGCUGUAUAUCUCUAUGACUCUAUAACUCAGCAGGCACCUCUAGGAUUUGGCAGCUGGUAAUCCCAGUUUAAAAGAGAAUCUAACACUGGUGAAAGAGACAGAAAACGUUAUUCAAAAUUUUGAAUAGAUGGGAAAGGGCAGUAAGGGCAAGUUAGAAUUGGGUCACACAUGCUAAAAUCCCCAGGAACAUUGGUAACUAAAAUUGGCAACCCUGCUAUCCAUUUCAAAAAAAAAUCUCUUAAUCAUUUUAAUCCACUUUGCAAGCUGGUUAUUCAUUAAAUUCAUCCUACUACAGACAGUCAGUAUCUCCAUCCCAGAGCAACAUUUAAUUUAAAUACAACAAAAAACCGUGGAAAUCCGAAACAAACACAGGAAGUGCUGGAGAAACUCAGCAAGUCCGGCAGCAUCUGUGGAGAGAGAAACGUUAACGUUUCAACAGUGACUUUCCUUCAGAGCCAAUAUUUCGGAGCAUGACAUUCAAUGUCAAUUUAUUUGUUUGUUCUCCCAGUUCUGAACAAAGGUCUCUGGACUCAAAACAUUAAUUGUGUCUCUCUCUCCACAGAUGCUGCCAGAUCUGCUGCGUUUACCAGCAAAUUCUGGUUUUGUUUAAGUGAUAAUGAUUAUUCAAAGGUCUUUUGAAUUAUUUCUUCGCCACGUUUGAACUUCAGUCCCAGCCAUUCCUUGUCUGUGUGAGUGUUACCAUUAUUCGGAGCUGGAUGGGAGCAGUUCUUUGGCUGAAGCCUCCUUGAAGAACAGGCCUAGUGUGUUGGCAGCAACUUCUUUAUUUUUUCACAAGAACUAAUUCAUUUUCUGAAGAUUUCUGUGGAAAGAGGAAGGAUGUUUCGAUUCAUUGGUGUUUAGAUAGAGCCCUGUACAGUACCCACAGAAAAUAAAUUCCACUCUCCAUCCCAUCAGUUUCUGUUCCAAGCCCCGAGCUGGUAUGUUUGUUUUCAGUCUGCGAGGUGAGUCCCUGUUACUGAUGGAGUAUUGUAAAUUGUACAGUUCAUUAACAAGAAUAAAGAGCCACAACACCA